AUGGCGGACCUGCGAGAGCCUUUCGAACUAUGUAAAGUUUUACAGACCGGUUCAUUAAUUGGAAUCGCCAGACAUGUUGACGAUGAUCAUGUAGUUCUAACUUUUAGAGACAGAGGAGUCCUUGUUUAUAAUGUGAGUAAUGAGUAAGCAUUUUAGGCCGGAAGGUACAGUAGAAGUUACCCCGGUAGGGAAACGAAAAACAGUUCGAGUUAGCAAGGAAUUCGAGUUAUUGGGAUAAAUUUCAGUGCAAUUUUGAUUGAGGAAAAGGAAAUUUAGUUCGAGUUAGCGGGGAAUUCGAGUUAUCCGAGUUCGAGUUAUCGAGGUUCUACUGUAUAAUGCUCUUAUGAACUCUCUUGGUGGCACUGAUUCUUGUAGGUUCUCAAGCCGUUAUUGUACACUGAUUUUCUUUCACAGCUUCAGCACCAGAAACUUAUCAAUAGCUGGUCUGUGGAGCAACGGGAGGAAGUAACUUGUGCAGCUGUUCACAAUCCAAUCGAUGCAAAUUUCUUAGUCGCUGUAAACAAAACGGUAAGCAGAACGUAUUUGCGCAUCAGGGCGUCAUUGAUUAUUAUUUUUCAUUUACCUGAUUUAAAUAAGGUACGUGAGUUUUGAGAAGUUUCCAUUAAAGAAUUUAGCGUAUGUGGAUCACAGUCCACAGAGUUGACUUGAGGAGUACUUUUUUUUAGGAAAUUUUUAUGUGGAAAGAAUCUGAUUCUGAUUUUAAGAAAUGCCAAAGAUUCCAAGUAAGUACUUUUUGUUAUGUGUAUGUAAUUGAUCUGGUAGUCAUAAGGUUCCAAAUGUAAAUUUGUCAGAGUUUAUAGUUCUCCUGGUCUAUUAUGGUAAAGUUUUGAGUUCUUCUGCAAACAAGCUGUAACCAAACUCAAAUGCUUUUUCUAUAGAAAAUAUAUUCCCUGAAUAAUGACUGUUUGGUACAGCCCUGUAGUUGAUUCAUCGUGUUUAAAUUUGACCUUUUUCACCUUUUUGUGACGUUUUGUCUUAUGUAAACAAUGGCUUGAACAUUAUGCAGGUAUCAGUGUUCAGACAGCUGAGCAGAAGGGGGGGGGGGGGGGGGAGGGCCCGGGAAAGGAACAGCUUUUAAACUUUUGUUUUUGAACACAUUUUAUGGGGAAGGGGAAUUUUUGUGGGGGCCCGGGAAAACGCCCUUUUUUUGGGGAAAAAGAGGGGGGGAUUUCUGUUUUCACAAACCCAAAUUAAAAAUAAUUAUUAAUUUUUUAAAAAGAUUGUCAGUUGUAUUGGUUGUUUGUUAACCGCUUUGUGUUUUUUUUUCUUUUUGUAUUUUUGUCUUUUUUCUCUUUUUUUGUGGUUUUUGUUUUUUGAAAAAAGGGGGUUGGAUAUUAGGGGGGGUGAGGGGUCCAAACGGGGGGAGGGGGGGGGGGGGGGGGGGUGGCAGGUCCAGGCAAAGUACAGCAUUUAACACUUUGUGUUUGAACACAUUCUAUGUGGAAUGGGAAUUUCUUGUGAGGUCCUGCGAAACGUCCCUAUAUUGGUGAAGAAAGAGGAGAGAUGUCUGUAUUCAACAAUCCAAAAUCAAUAAUAAUUAUUAUUUGUUAAAAAGAUUCUUUAGAAAGUAAUUAUUCAAUCAACUUAUUUACUUUUUAUUUUUUUAAUUGUAGACAGAGAAAGAAAUAUUCACUCUGCUUGUGUGGAAUAGCUUGCAACAUGAUCCACUUAUCAUGUUUGAAGAUGGUUCUUCAAAGUUUUUAGCAGAGAUUGUUAGUGCCAGUGAAAGAAAAAGAGUGAAAAGACUCAGAACCAUGAAAUCUACACAAGAGUAAGCUCAAAUUAAUAUUUUUUGUUUUAAUACACAGGAGACAUAAUAUAUUUAACUGACCUUAUGGGUUUUAUGUUCCAUAAUAAAAAUAAAACUUCUGUGGAAAUAAAUGUGUGUAUCAGUAAGCCUGUAAUAAAAGAUUUGUAAUGUGAUUUGUUGUGCAGUGCUAAGAUGUAUUUGCAUGCAAGAACUUCAAAUUCACUGCAUAAGGUUUUCAAGUGUUUGUUACUUAAUUACUACCCUACAUGUAUGUAAAGGGGAGCUGUUCUCUCACAACUCAUCUGCUUUCUAAAAUUCUCAGGUUGUUAUACAUUCACACAGUGGAACCUUGCUAUUACACUGUGCAUCCACCAUUAGGCCAUGAAAAAUUUGGUUACAAGUGUUUAAAUGGAGUUGCCUAUACCUAAUAAAUUGUGAUGGUUUUAUUAAAGGAGAGAUUUCUAUUUCUUUCAGUUUUAGAAUUCUCUGGAGCUGUGUGUUCAGUUAUCAGAAUCAGCCAUAUUCUGGGUUAAUAGUACAUGUGGGUAUCAAACAGUAAUUUUGUUUGUUCAUUCAUUGAUUUUGUACAUGAUGGAUACUAGCUUAUGUAUCCUCAUGUGUGUUGGGUGGGUUUUUUAAUGAUACUAUUGAUAUAUUCCCACUUUAACCUUUAUUUUUUGUUGUGCUCUUUUUUAUAUAUACCUGACUGGACUUAUACAGGGAAUAAUAAUUGACCAAUAAAGGCUACAUGGCUCCUAUCUGAAAUUGUAGAGGGCCCAAGUAUUUGAACAUUUUGGUACCACUUGGUUUGAAUUCAGAAUCCUCUUCUUUGACCUACACUUUUUUCUUAUUGUUUUGUUGUUAUCAUGCUGAUAAUCGACAUUGCUACCACUUGACUUUUCAUUAAUAAUUCUACUGCUUCUAGUUGUGAAUUGUCAACAUGUACUGGUUUUUGCUUUCAAAAUUAUUUUUUGAGUUACAUUGUACCAAACUUUUAACUUAUUUCAAGUUACAAUUUGAGAGAUGCGAUCACCCAUCACUCCCUGACUUGUCACUUAAAAAAAUGAAUAAUUCUAUGUAACUGUUACUGAUAGUAUUUGAAUACAUGUAUGGUGAUUUAAUAGUAUUAAAUUCAUUAUUUCAGAUUAAUUCUGCACCCCACUUACCACCCACAUCUAUUCUAUAAAUUAUGUUGCCUUUGAGCUCUGAAUAAUCAUACAUCAGUUUUUCCAAAUGACAUAUAAUGUUUGUUUUUAUUGUUUUAGGAUAAGGACAAGUACAUUAUAAAGAUAACUAAUCAUAGCACAUCAUGUCAACCAGAGAACAAGCAAGCAGAGUUUGAAUUAAUAUCUCCAGUAGAGGUAAAUACGCAGUUGGUAUCUUGUUUACAACUUGUGUACAUUAUUAGCAUGUAGUUAUGUUCAACGUAAUCAUUUUUAUUUAUUAACUCGUAGAUAAAAAAGUGCUGUUCAAAGUAUUUUGUUAGGCUAGAGCAUGGAGCAAUUGCAGUUUUAACUGCUAGCAGUCUUAAGAUGACCCGGUUAGCUCAACUGGAUAAGCACCAGUCUGCCGAGCGGGAGGCUGCUAUUUCAAACUUUGGCAAAAACAACACUUAGAAAGUGCUGCCUUUGGAAUGAAUGUGUAGUGUGCUUCACACCCGUUUUUUGUGUUGUCACACAACACUCCUCCCCACAAUCGGCUGCUUAGAAUGGAAGAAGUAGGAACAUUGCGUGACGACACAAAGAAUGUCUGUGGAGCAGACUAUGACAUGUGCAGAUGGUUAGACUUUCUAGUCGUCUGGGAUUAGGACAAUAAACUGCAGGCCCUAACCAGUGUUGUAAAUUAUUAUCUCUGAAAAACCCCUCAGGGGAUGAGAGUGGGUGAUAAAAUGAUUAAAAUUUUUUAUUUACAAUUUCAGGGCCCUGUUGCACCAUUCAAUAAUUUUUGCAGCUAUGCUUGCAAUGUAGUUACACCAGUACAAAACAAGUUGCACAAGAUCUUGACUAGUAUAUCUCACCUUUGAACUCAAAUGAAGUGAACCUGUCUGCAAUGUUUAUGCUGCAAAGGUUACAUGUAUGUGUUGUCUGGGAUCUAGCCUCAUGUAAUAUGGUUGUUUUGGUGAAAACAUUGCCAAUCAUGCCCAUUUGCAACUUGUUGGGCUAAUAAUACAUGUAUCUAAACCCAAUUUUUUAUUUCCCUGAGUGAAAUACAGUGAAUGCGUUUUUAAUUAUUGAUAACAGGAAACCCAACUUCUGGCCUGUUGCACCUGUGAUGAAGGACAUCAUAUCACAUCUUACUGUGAGUUCAAUAAUUAAUUAUUAUAAUUACUAUUUCUAUUAAUAUGAUUAAGGAGACGUAAAAUUAAUGAUAAAUUCAAGGUCUUAUCACCCUUGCCAGAGAUGGUAAGUUUAAACAGUUGCAGUUUCAGUUUAUUCAUUUGCUAGAAUAAAUACAGUCAUUCAGUGCAAAUUAUGGUUUAUUUUAGGCACUAAGUGCUGUACACUUUUGGAGACUGUUCACCACUUUUUCUGUAAAAUUCUUGCCUGGUCCACAGCGUCCCAUUUAUCUAUCAACUGAAAUUUCUGACAAUUUUUAUUAGCUAAAUGAGACAUCUCCUGGGGUUGUCUUUCUGACGCUAUAAUUCAAUGUAAUUUUUUGUUUUUUCUUAUAAACAGGGUCUGAUGGUUCACUCUGUGUCACAGAAAUAGAAACAGUACUACAUCCACAGAAAAUGCAGUUAGACACAAAGAAGCCUUCACUUAGCUGCAGAAUACUUCACAGAUUACAUCCUCUACAUACUGGCUCACAUAAAGAGAGGGUAAAUUUUUUCUUUGGUGUCUGUCACUUGUUUUUGUUUUGAUUAGGCUUUGUUUUCUGUGGUUACAUGUAGUCAAAAGAAAGGAGUAUUGCUUAGCUAUUACCAACCAAAAUAUUUCUUUCCUUCUAUGAAACUAAUAUCUUAAAAAUUUUGUAUUGCUUAGGCAUCGUUGAUCUCUGUAACUUUUUACACAGGGUGCAGUUACCUUGUCAUCUAUUGAUAAUGACCAUGUUUGUCUCUGUGGAAGCAGUGUCACUGAUGGCAACCUAAAAGGUAAAAUUACCUUACGUAUUCUUGAAUGUUUAAAUUAAUGUGAAGUAUAAAUACAUGUACAAUGUAGUUCAUGUUUUCCCAUUCUCUUCUUAUAGUUGGAAUUAUCUGUGAUAACAUACAUGUACAUUUACUUUAAAUUUUAUUUAUCUUAGACCUAAUAAUGGUUUGGAACAUCAAGUAUGGAACUUUGCAGUCUUGGCAAACUCUGGACAAAAUAACAACUAAACAGCAUUCCAUUCCACGACCAGUUCGGUCUGAUGGGGCAUGCUGUGUACAUUAUAUUCCUGGAUUCAUCUGCGUUGGCUUUCAUCACUGUGUGGCUGUUUGUCAAUUCUCUUUAGAUGCAUGCUCAUUAGCUUCAGCUCUUGGACAGUUAGAUUCCACUGCAAAGUGAGUACAGUAAAUUUAAUGUACAGAUCAAUAUAUAUUGCACAGUCAAACCUGUAUUAAACUAGCCUGAGUAUCAGACAUUUCUAGGGGAAAAGGCGAAAGAUGGAAGCGAAAAAGGGAGAGAGCUGAAGGAGAGAAACUCUCUCCCCCUCUUCUCUCUCUUCUCCCCCUCCCCCCUCCCCCAUCUAAAAUCUCCUCUCCCCUAGCCCCUUAGGAAGGCCUGAUACUCAGGCUAGUAUUAAACGGUCGUACUUGGGGAAUAGCUUACUGACUGUUUAAUAAGUUCAAGUUCAAGUUCAAGUUCAUUUAUUCACACUUAUUCAAUUACAAUACAACAACAAUAAGGAAAAAAGAGAAGUAAAAAACAGAGCUAACUAAUAAAGGUUUAACAAGCCUAACAGUUACUCAAGAAAAUGAAGAUGAUCAAAGAGCAAAAUAUCUAUCCCAUGACAAAUCAACCUGAAAGUGUCUUUGCCUCUUCUUGUGUCAGAAGAAAGGAAGUAAAAGACCACUUAAUGCCAUGCACAAUGUAUCUGUUACACUAGUGUGGUACACUGUACAUCUCGUCAAAGAGACUGUUUAACAAAGGUGAAAACAAAAACAAAAAACUUGUUGGGACAUCAAAAGAGGUGACCGUGACCACUUAAUACAGCUUAUUUGUAAAGUAAUUAAGAGAAAUGACUUGCGGGACUUUGGUAAGUGACCCCUUAAUAGAGGUUGACCACUCGAUAGAGGUUCCCUCAAUAGGCCAGGGUGGUCAUUAGACAUUGGACGUCGGCGAGUUCUCCUUUACUAUGCAUAAUUCUCCGGCAAGCGUUUGGUAGCCUACGACUAUUUAUAUUCAGAUGUGGAGCCUCUUUCUCCUGUAACGUUACACCUUUCUCCUGCUACUAGAAUUCUUAAUGAAAACCCUGAUAGGUUACUACAAAAAAAUACUCUAAAAUUGCAAUUUGAGUAUAUUAUUGCAUUUAUCAAAGUGGCCUAUUUGAUUUAAGGUAUCAUUCUCUACAUAAGUUUUAUUUCAAACUUUGUUUCAUGUCUUUGCAGGUUUCUUGAAGAUGAGAGUUGUAAGCCUCAGCUUCUUGUAACACUAAAGUUAGCAAGACCAGGCGAGGUAAGAACAGAUUAUUGACCUCUCAGCUUUAAGGAUGAUCUGUUAACUGUCACUGAUGAUCUCGUUUACUGAAUCUUUUUUAUGCAGGCGCUUCAAAAUUGGUCAGAGACAAUGAGAAAAGAAGAUGAAUUGGAGAAAGAAGUGCUUAAGAAGCUCACUGAUCCAUUACAGGUACAAUUUUGACCUUUCUUAUUAACAAGAGAGAGGAGGUCGGGGAAGUGAUUUGAUAUUAUACAUGUAUAUAAGAAUGCUAACAGGUCCUGUCUGCCUCAAAUGAGCUAAAAAGUGGGCAUGGAACUACAGGAGCCUGAUGAUUAUGAGAUUAAAUGACAAUAAUACCGAGGCCUGGCUCCCGUUCCUAGAAACCGAUUAGUCAUAUCUUUUAGGGAAAUAUGUACGUGUAUUAGUGUUGGUCAUUGUGGUUACAUAUGGAGAAAUUUCUAAAAUAUGGUACAAAAAAGUCACAGAAUUGGGUCUGAAAGUGGGUAAAGAUUUGAAUAAAAGACUGAAGUGCAUCCCAUCCUACAGACAUGGAAGUCGUUUCCUACAUCUGUUUUGAAUCACGAAUAUUUUGACUUUAUAGUACGAGAAAAUAAUCAUUCCUUUUUCUCUCUUUCAAUCUUUAUAUUUCAGACACCAACGCUAGAAGCGUUUUCUUCAGAGAUGAAAAAUUACAUAACAGUAAAGCUUUCCAAGAAAGGUGUGUACAAAGAAAUUUCAAAAUUAAACACGCUCACAUAUCAUAAUAAGGGAGUUUUUUGCCUUAAACAACAACAAAAAUACAGCCAUGCACGUGAAUCCAAUUUUUGGAAUCUCUCUUCGACGUAUUCUGCCCAACAACGACGUGAAAUUUCCUUUUGCCAUGCUUUGUGGAGGACGUGAACACAACACGACCAACUUAUUCUUCUCUUUCUGAAAUUGGAAGUGAUCCCUACCAAUUCAAAUCCAGGAAAUUUGCCAUAAUUUGUCAUGAUCGCAAUGGUCCUUGAAAGAUCAAAAUUCAUUUUCUUCGUAACUUUUGAGAAACGGGCCCUAAAGAAGAGAACCAGCAUCAAAUUAAACUAACAUUAUGGCGUCGCCUCUGGGAUUGGAACCCAGGCCACAUUGACGGAAGGCGUCUAGGCUCAUUGCUACGCUACCCUUGUUCACCUUAUUAAAAAAUGUAAAAACCCCCGAAAAAUAGACAAAGCAGAUUUUAAAACUAGACAUAGUGUAAUUGUUUUUCCGAUCAAAUUCUCUAUGCAGAUAACAAAAGCAAACCAGGGACGACAUUUCACGGAAAGGUAAAUACGCUGCUGUCUUAUGUUAACGAUGACGGUGUUGAUUGUGGUUUUUAGUAAAAACGAGCCUUAAAAGUUACCGUAGAGUUCUGACCUUGACUACAUGUCUUGGCUUCCGCUAUAUUACGGAUUUACUGGUAAAAAUAUGCGUUUUUUUUAAAUUUUUUCUUUUUUUUUGGGGGGGGGGGGGUUAUUUAAGCUAGCGAAGGCAACCGCGAAGCGUGCGAAGAGUGCCAGACACGCACGCUCCUCGCGCUCUAUUUGACGCACGCUUUCUUCGCUCCCCUGAAAAAGGGGAUAAAAUAACGCCUGUUAUGCUGGCUAUACAGGUAGUUGCCUUCAGUCUAAAAUACUUAAAAAGCAUGAAUUUCGUAACUCAUCUGGGGUUUUGUAGUUCAUCCAGUUAUCGGUCUACGUGUCCGUUCGUUACUGCUUGGUUUAUCUAUUACUGAUUUCAAGCUUUUGUCUUCUGGUUAGUUCGGCAAGAAAACAGAAGUGUUAUCUCAGCAUUUUCUAUCAGCUGUUCUAUCCAGAUGUAUCAGUGAAAAGAGCUUUUGGCCUAGGGAGUGUGUGUCUGAACUUCUUAAAACCAAAUGUGUUCCUGCCAGGUUAGUGCUGAAAGACUUAAAACCUGUUUUACUGGACCCUCGUCAGAGCAAAUCAGGUUAUUGUGGGUUGUGCGUUGUUUAUACAGCUAUUUCGAGAAAGGUUGUCGCAAAAAGUACACGCGACAAUCCCGAAAGGUAUUGUGGGUAAGAAUAGCACGAGAGGCCAUAGUUGUAAGUUUGCGGGUGUUAAAGGAAAGCAACAACAGCAGGUUCGACAGCUACAGUAUCAGAAAUAGUGUAUUGAUCAUAUCCCAUAUUACCUUUCGGGAUUCUCGCGUGCACUUUUUUCCCCACAACCUUUCUCGAAAUAGCUGUUUCCCGGAUGUUGCAGGUGUGGUGUAAACAUAGUAAAGUAAAAAAAGAAGAAGAAUUUAGUUGAAUAAUAUUAAGGCUACGUUCUCGAGGCUCUGGAUGAAUUCUCGACCGGUUGAAAAUUAAACUUAAGGCUAAGCCUUGAAUUUUCUCAGACUAUAUGAUGUAUAAUGUAUUUUAUCUACCAAACCGAAUCGGUUGGUGCCGAAAAAUGGGUUUGUGCCUUUACUUAGUAAAUUGGUGUCCCCGAUGGGAUUUCAACCAAUGUCUUCCUGGAAAUAGGUCGCCUAUCGUGGGAAGUAAAUAUUAUGUCAAAGAUUUCUGUGCUUUCAUCUUGUUUUAGUUGCAGUAAAGACCUGCUGAAUUGUGUUGUGGAAAAAAAUGAUCUGGUGAGCAAAUAAAAAGAAUCAUUUAGACUUAUCCUUUGCAUUUGAUACAGAAUUGAUAUGAGAAUUGAGAAAAUGUCAAACCCGUGUACAAUCUUAGACAGAGUACGCUUCGUAAGAAUUCAUACAAGAAAGCAAUCCUAGUCAGAAUUUAUGUUAUCCACUAAAAUUGUGUAUGUUGUGGUUCAAUUUUAUGUUUGGUUUAAUUUUUAUUUUCUUUCGUUUUGGGGUUUGGUAAUGUAUGAAACUGAGUUUGAAUAGGAGAAAAUAGAAAUUUAACCAAGGAUAAAAUUGAACCACAUCAUAAUUAUAUCUAUUAACCUCUAAGUUAAGACAUGUAACUGCAAGUUUUAUUUUUCUGGCGGUGUAGUGAAUUGCGUUCAUAUUUUAAACUUGAUUAUUUACACAUUUACACAAACAGAGAGAAAAUGCUUAGCUUUCGACCCUGCUACAGCCUUGUUCAUAGAAGAGCAUGUCUCGUGAUUUGUGACCUGAUUAGUUUGGUCCAGGUGGCUGAAAGGUUGGAUCUCCCCUCUGUAAUCAGAUAUGGACUGUUGGCUCUGAUAUAAAUUGCCUCCCGUGGAACUCCCCUGGUGAACCAAUCUGGAUCUCUUUCCCAAUAUGUCAACAUCGUGCUCUGGUUUGUCUAUGUCUGAAUGUGUCUACUUAGAUACUUCUAAGGAGGUGCCGCCAUCUUUUGUGUGUAUGUGUUCUGAGAAACGUGCCUAAAAUAAUGAUACAUCUUUUGAUACAAUCCACAAUUCCGUCCCCUCCACUGCAACACUAUCCAAGUUGUAAACUUGGUAGCAGACUUCUUUCGGUUUCAAUCGAUCUUGAGGCUUUCACGGGGUUGUCUUGGUAGCUUUAGGCAUGUGUCAAUGCCGUAUGAACUUUUCACUCUUUUGAUCUUUUUUGUUGUGCUCUUCACGUAGGUAAUUCUGCCUCUUGUUGUUGCAUCUGAAGCUUGUCGUCAGCUGGUUAUUGUAGUGUCGGCUAUUUUGGUUGGCUGGUAUGUAAUGCCUUGCCAAUUGUCCAUGCUGGGAAACCGUAAUUACUUUAUUAUUUAUUUUGUAGGAUCUACUCAAAGAAUGCUUCGAGAAUAUCAAAGGAAUUUCUGAGGAUUCAGUUGUUGUUUGCUUACGUCACGUGCUGAGGUUUGUGGUUCCUCUUUUCUCAAACUUUAUAGAGUCUACUUCUCUCGCAAGCUACCGCUACUUUCAGGUAUUGAGAAUAAAAUUAGCCAAUGUAUGAAAAGUGGAUAAAAGCUACAAGACAGAUCUAGUCGAGUAUGCUCGUUAGCAUGUUCCUUGGAAAGCUAAAAAGCUAAGGAUAUUUCAUUGUUUCUUUGGGAGCGUAAAUACCUAGUACCGAAAAAUUUUUUACGGAUAAUUUUCUGGGGGAUGUUCAUAAAAAACAACAACAACAACAAUAACCAAAACGUUGUAAACGGGAUUUAUUUUUAGGAAAUGCAUUUAUCCAUCUAUGGAUACGAAAGUACGGUUAAAAAAAUCAAUAUCAUGCAGGAUUCUUGCAAGAUACACACGGACCUGGUUCCUACUUACUGAAUCCAAAACACGUGUUAUUUUCCCACCCCGUUGUUAACUUUCCUAGUCUGCUUGUUGGCAGGAUAAAAUUUUAAUCCAUUUCCUAUUAGAAUAGAGUCCUCUUCGAAGGAAAACGACCUGGAUGGACUACAGACCGAAGACGAUGUUCAUAAGAUGCCUUUGGGCAAGACAACUGCGAAGUAUUUGUAUCCUGAAAUUUGCAGUAUACAGUAAUUGAAAUAAAGUGAACCAGUUUUGGUGUUAAUUCAAAGCUACUUUCAUCUUUUAGCACUAUAUGUAUUGUCUUAAUACAAUUUUUAGUUGAAAUUUUAUUUUAUAUUUGGAGACUCUUAUUUGCCUGUUCAGGUCUUUAGUCCUUAACUAUUUGCAAGAUCAUCGAUAUUAAGUUACCCUGUAAACAACGUUUUCCUUCUCCCAUGCUUAAAGCAGCUGUCCUUUGAAGACGCUGUAGUAAGUAUUUUAUCAAUUUUAGUUUGUAUCACCGAUUUUUUGCCUUGAGCAUUUCGUUCACAGACUCAAAGUAAUCCUCUUUGUUCCCGAAUAAAAACAGUGCCAGUCACAGGAAAGUACUGUGUAGCCCCCGAAAUGACCCCGACUGUCAUUUAAUUAGUUUGUUAACUUGGGAGGGUUAUUGGGUUACUUAUUAAUAGGAAACUUCUUUUCUUCUUUUCGCGCAGUUGUUAAUGAAGUUCCUUCUGUAUCUUAUGGACGGUGGUUUUAAUAGCUUUCAAGGUGAAAUGGACUGCGAGAGGCUAAAAUAUCCAAAGGUAGACUUUUUACGUCAUUUAUGAUCGUGAUCCGCAGAAAUCUACGGAAACCUAAUUUAAAGAAGUUGGUGAUCCUGGAGAUCUUAGUUAUUGUCGUGAUAAUUUGAAUUUACUAGCGUUCACUGCUGCACACGUACUUCUUCUUUUACUGAAUAAUUAUGCUGUACAUGUAUUUUAGGUAUUGGACUGGGCGGGAUUACUGUUAAACGCUCAUUACACUCAGCUGGUGAUAACCCCUGAAGCCCACGAAUUACUGGUCAGCUGUCACAAGAUUGUGGCUCAACAGGUAUACGCGCACAUCAGUCUUGGUCUUUUUCGCUCCGUUACAAUCGCCCUCAUUUGUGCUACUCCAUCUCAACAAGAGAGAGUGUCAAUCUCGAGGGCUCAAAGUUAACUUUCUGUUCCACUAGAAAAGUUUUAUUACUGAUAUUUUUCUUCCAGCAAACUGGUAAGACCAAAAGCAAAUUCUUGUUUUAGUUACUUUCCCUUAAUUAUAAAGGCCACAAUUAAAAGCCAUUUUUCAUCACCUACUGUCUAUCUAAUUAUGAUCACCCAUUGCCACGAUUAGCCUAUGCUAUUGGCAAGAAACUGAUUAAAGAUUAUAGUUAGAGUAAUUAUAGAUUUGUCUUUCGUAUAGUGUAAAAAAUUAUGCCGAUCUCGGAGGGAAUUCAGGUCCUCCUCGGCCAAAUUUUUCACUCAAAAUAUUUCCAAUUUAAAAACUUUACUAAACAAAGCCUUUUUAAUGCUGACACUGGCAAAAAUUUGUUCGGACUAGUUUAACCAGUACUUUAAGUAUUCACAUACUUUUAUUUUUUCUGUAGAUUAAAACUUACGGCAAGCUACGUAUUCUCGAAAACUUGUUAGAGCACAUCAAGAAAAGAAAACCUUUGCCCAAGAGUGAUAAAGUUGGACUUUACACCAUAGAAGAAUUGGAACUUUAAAGCUUGCUUUUCACUUGUCGUGGAUGUCAAUGAGCUUUGUCGGGGCUACUCGAAGAUUUCCAAAGUUUCGGAGACGGUCGUGGGCUUUCAGGCAUAGCUGGCUAUGAUGAAGAGAAACGGGAAACAAGAAAAACAGAAUAGCUUCUCUACAGAUUGUGCUGUACCUGCACCUCAGAAAAUGUUACUGGGUGGACUUAUGGCAGAAAGUUGUUGUUUUUAAAACCUGACUGAAGAUAGCCUUCUUUCCGUAUCCGUUGAAUGUAGUGCUUUUUACAGGACAACUCAUGUUUUCGUUCUUGUCUAUUUUGCGUAGCCAAUGAAACAAUGACGCUUACUCGUCUGAACACUAAAGUACAUCAAGUGAGAGUAGAGAUGUUGUAUUGUACACUGUCUCCUAAGUAACUAAUAAUUUAGUAUCAGCGAUUCUUUCCCUAGAAAUGCUAGACUGACUGAAAUGGGAAAGCAGCGAAUCCCAUGGGUCCUAUUUGAGUGUAAUAAACUUGAAAGUAGGGCGUGAUCCAUUUGCUACCAUAGCUCAGGACUGGUAAAACGUAACACACGAGUCAGUUCCUCGUGAUUCAACCGAUCCCUUGCUGUACAUAGUUUAGGCAGUCAUUGAUAUGGGGUAUUAAAAGAUACACCUUUCUCAAAGAAACCUAGAAAUAAG